AAGCCCGGCCCCGACCACGGGGCAGGAAGGGGCGGGCCGGGCCAGGCCGAGGCAGGGCGAGGCAUGGGGUGCCCCCGGCGCCUGCUGCUGGUUUCCAACUCCACCCUGCACGGAGGGGGGUACCUGGGCCACUGCCAGCAGCACAUCCAGAGCUUCCUCGGGGGGAAGGUGAAGAGGGUGCUCUUCGUGCCCUACGCCCUGCACGACCGCGAUGCCUACGCCCGCACCGCUAGGGAGAAGUUUGAGAGCUUGGGUUAUGGGCUGGACAGCAUUCAUGAAUCCUGUGAUCCAGUGGAAGCUGUAAGGAAAUCUGAAGCAAUAUUUAUUGGAGGUGGCAACACAUUCCGUCUCCUGAAAGCUCUCUAUGACAACAGUCUGAUACAGGAAAUCAGGAAGAGAGUUCUUGAGGAUGGGGUUCCAUACAUGGGAUCCAGUGCAGGAACUAACGUUGCUACCGUCAGCAUCAAUACUACCAAUGACAUGCCAAUUGUUUAUCCACCUUCCCUGCAAGCCCUAGGUUUAGUUCCUUUUAACAUUAACCCUCACUACCUGGAUCCAGAUGAUAAAAGCACUCACAUGGGUGAGACAAGAGAGGAAAGAAUUCGCCAAUAUCACGAAGAACCAAAUACCCCUCCAGUUUUGGGCUUGCGGGAAGGUGCAAUGCUGCUAGUGGAAGGAGACAAAGCCACCUUACAAGGAGUAACUGGAGCACGACUAUUUUUGAGGGGUGAGAAACCAACUGAACACGAGCCUGGAACAGAUUUCAGUUUCCUCCUGAUUGACAGUAAUCUCCAGAAGUUGUAGUCUUGCAUACUCUGCAGCAGAAGUUGGCACGUGAGGAGGAAGGAAAGAUAUGCUUCUAGUCCUAGGGUGGGUGGCAAGCCUUAACUUUAUAAAUAAAGAUAAAUAUGCAUUAUUGGACUCUUCUCCUCCACCCUGUUCACUUCUCAGACAUCUUUCUUUCCCAAGAAAAAUUACAUUUUUAUUGCAAUACUUGAGUAAUAAUAGAACAAGAAUAGUCUUACUCUGAAAUGUUCUGUACCUUCAUGCAUCUCCACUUUGAUUCCUCCCCAUCAAAAGUUACCUUAACACAAUUAAGUCAAGACACUGAGUCAGCUGUUCCUGCUCCCUUGUUUUACCUGUGUAAUAAAAGAAUUGCUAAUUUAGUGUACUCCCACAGCAUUAGUUUCAUUUUUACACUAUUAAUAAAGUGAGAAGUUAUGCAUUCAA